GGGCCGGGCCGGGCGCGGAAGUGGCUGUAUCGGCGGCGGGAGCGAGGAGGCAGGGCGCGUCCAGGGCUCCACUCGACCCAGGAGGAUGGCGGGGCGGCUCCCGGCCUGCGUGGUGGACUGCGGCACCGGGUAUACGAAACUUGGAUAUGCUGGUAACACAGAACCACAGUUCAUCAUUCCCUCAUGUAUUGCUAUCAAGGAAUCAGCAAAAGUUGUCGAUCAAGCACAAAGGAGGGUUAUGAAAGGUGUGGAUGACCUAGACUUCUUUAUUGGGGAUGAAGCAAUAGAAAAACCAACGUAUGCAACAAAGUGGCCCAUACGUCAUGGUAUAGUUGAAGACUGGGACUUGAUGGAAAGGUUUAUGGAGCAAGUUAUCUUUAAAUAUCUAAGGGCAGAACCUGAAGAUCAUUAUUUUCUUCUGACUGAACCUCCACUAAAUACACCAGAAAACAGGGAAUAUACUGCUGAAAUCAUGUUUGAGUCCUUUAAUGUUCCAGGGCUGUACAUUGCUGUUCAGGCUGUCCUUGCCUUAGCUGCAUCUUGGACGUCAAGACAAGUAGGAGAACGGACGCUGACUGGCACGGUUAUAGACAGUGGAGAUGGUGUCACUCAUGUUAUUCCUGUAGCUGAAGGCUAUGUUAUUGGCAGCUGUAUCAAACAUAUUCCAAUAGCAGGACGAGAUAUAACAUACUUCAUUCAACAACUGCUGAGAGAGAGAGAAGUAGGAAUUCCUCCUGAACAAUCUUUGGAAACGGCUAAAGCAGUGAAGGAGCGCUUUAGUUAUGUCUGCCCUGAUUUAGUAAAAGAAUUUAACAAGUAUGACACGGAUGGUACAAAGUGGAUUAAACAGUAUACUGGAAUAAAUGCAAUCUCAAAGAAAGAGUUCACCAUUGAUGUUGGCUAUGAGAGAUUCCUGGGACCGGAGAUCUUCUUUCAUCCCGAGUUUGCUAAUCCUGACUUCACACAACCCAUCUCAGAUGUAGUAGAUGAAGUUAUUCAGAAUUGUCCCAUUGAUGUUAGACGUCCUCUGUAUAAGAAUAUUGUCCUCUCUGGAGGCUCAACCAUGUUCAGGGACUUUGGUCGCCGUUUACAACGAGACUUGAAAAGAACUGUUGAUGCCAGGCUGAAACUCAGCGAGGAGCUCAGUGGUGGCAGACUGAAGCCCAAACCUAUUGAUGUACAAGUCAUAACACACCAUAUGCAAAGAUACGCAGUUUGGUUUGGAGGAUCAAUGCUGGCUUCCACACCUGAGUUCUACCAAGUAUGCCACACCAAAAAAGAUUAUGAAGAGAUUGGUCCUAGCAUCUGUCGUCACAACCCAGUGUUUGGAGUCAUGUCUUAAAGCUGACCUCAGAGGGGUCAGGGAUAUGGGAGGCGGGGGAAAAAGAGAGAGUUUCUGAUUACUUGUUUGUCUGGAUGAAUGGUAUUAAGAAGAUUAUCAUAACUUGACAAUAAGAAAAAAAAAAAAGACCAAACACAAUAAACAGGAAUAUUUUAAUAAGUGUCUCAACAUGCGGCUGUAGUGGAAAGCCAAAAUGAUUAAGUUUUUUUCUUUAGAUUGAAUAUUUGAACCUGUGCGUAACAAACAAAGAAGUGGGUUUUAGUUCUUUCUGUGCCCUAAUAUUUUGUAUAUUAAUGAAUUAUCCAAGAUUUGAUGGAAUUUGACGGUGUGUAGAUAGUCGGCUCUCUCUAAUGCUUCAGUUGUACCCUGACCUGGGUACAAUGCAAGAGCUUGUUUAUAUUUCAUACUUUUUUAUACUUUGAGGAAAAAAUAUCAAUUAAAGGAAAAAAAUGUAAUAUUUGAGGAAAAAUACCAAUGACCAACUUUAAGGUAAAUUAAAAAAUAUGUCCACAUGAAAGUUUACUCAUGUGACUCUAGUUACUACAAAUUAUGACCAAUCUGAAUUCUGGGUUCCAUACAAUGCAACUUUGCAAGUGCUUUUGGAACUAAGAAGCUAGUAUCUUGGAUUAACCAAUGCCUGCUAGUGCUUUCUGAUUACUCGGUGCAUUUUCAUUCUAUUUCUUGCUUUAAAAAAAAAAAAAAAAGUAAAGACCAGACUGUUGGACCAGUAUUGCAGUUCUGUAGUGUCAUUUCUAAUUAAAACCAAAUAAUCAGAUUAUCAAAAUUGGUGUAUUUAAAAUCUAACACCAUUCCAAUAAAGGCACAACAUUUCUUUUUA